AUGAUGGAGGAUUCGGAUUUGUGGUCGGACCCGACGUUCUCAGGACUCGGGGACAUAACCGGGCCGAUCAACGAAGACAUUUUUUGUGAUUUGGAGCCGGUCCUUGUCGAGGUAUUGGGCGUGGAGGCUCCUCCGAGUCCUAGCUGGGAGGAUAUAUACAUGAUGAGCCAUGAUCAGCCGCUGCCCGAUAACUGGGCCCCACCUAAUAACUUUUCGAACAAUUCUGACAACAUGAGUACAAUGAUGCCGCCGGGCGAGUGGGCCCCAGCCCCUGCUGCCUCCACCGAGAGCGGAAGUAGGAGGAGGAGGCAUCAAAAGCAACCUACACAGGAAACAGUUUCUUUCGCGACUUUGAGUGAAACUGAUAACCUCGAUGAUGGUUACCGCUGGCGAAAAUACGGCCAAAAACCCGUCAAGGGAAGCUUCACCCCGAGGAGCUACUACAAAUGUGCCAUCAAGAACUGCCCGGUGAAAAAAUAUAUAGAACGAGGUUUAGACGACCGCAAGGUCGUCAUCACAACCUAUAGGGGACGGCACACUCAUCACGCUCCCGGACAUCAUUCUUUGGAUGAAAUAAUAAACGAGGACUGCUUUCCCGUAUUUACACGUGGACCACCUAACAACAUACUACACCAUGUCCGAGAAUGUGAGCCAGCUGCUCGAGAGCCGAGUUCACAAACUGCUGAUGAAAACGCUGGCCAAGGACUGCUCGAGGAUGUCGUGCUUUUCCAGGCGCGAAAAGGGCACGAUUAA